GGCUCGCGAACACUCCUGCAAGAACGAGCAGUGCGGCUGGUCACGUGCAUGGAAGACGCACUUUAAUCACGGCGGUCGUGGGCAGGAAAGAAAAAUAAAAAGUAUCCGAAGGAAACCCCUUUGCGUGAAUCCGAACUACUCUCGGCUUCCGUAGCCAUCGUGCACGAGCGACUGGUCACGCAGCACCGUCAAACACCGUCCGCGUUCGCGAGCGCGCCGACACGCGGGAGAAAAAGUACAAUGGAGCGACUGCGGCUCGCGCUUUGGGGGACGUGCGCGAGGCUCAGGAGAGAUAGCAGCUUGAGCCUCUGCGGGAAGCUUCGGGCCUUCAUAUCCACUGGACCCCAGCAGCAGCACAGCACCUUUUAUGAAUUCCGCACAUACCACAUUAAGCCUGAAAAAAACGCUGCCUUCCUGAAGCUGACCAGUGAGAAGAUCCACCUUCGCACGGCCCACUCUGAGCUCCUGGGCUACUGGAGUGUAGAGUAUGGCGGGCUCAACCAGGUCUUCCACAUCUGGAAGUAUGACAGUUAUGCCCAUCGGGCAGAAGUGAGGACAGCCCUGAGCAAGGACCCUCAGUGGAUGGACGAGUACAUAUCCAAAGCCAUACCCAUGCUGUCUUCUCAAGACAAUGAGGUGACCUAUCUGGUGCCCUGGUGUAAGAUUGAGAAGCCUCCAAAGAAAGGGGUAUAUGAGCUGGUAACCUUCCAGAUGAAGCCAGGGGGUCCAGCUGUGUGGGGGAAGGCCUUCCAGGGCGCAGUGAACACUCAUGCCAGGGGUGGCUAUUCCCACCUGGUGGGGGUUUUUCACAGCGAGUUUGGACUCCUCAACCAAGUCCAUGUACUGUGGUGGUAUGAGAGUCCUGACCAGCGAGCAGCAGUCCGGCACACAGCCCACCAAGACGCCCGUGUGGUAGCAGCAGUGAGAGAGAGCGUGAUGUACCUGGAAUGCCAAAAAAACAAGUUGCUCUUUCCUACCCCUUAUUCCCCCCUCCAGUGACCACUCCCCAGAUGUGCAGGUGUGUUCUAUGGUUUCUAGGACCACAUUAAUAUUAAUCUUCUGUUCCUCACAUUUGAUAGACAACCCGAAUGAAACAUCUACUUUUUAACCCCCAAGAUUCCAUAUAAUGCAGAGCUUUUUACUGCAGUGAAAACUAACCACAUGAGGGUUUUUGUGUUUUGACAAACUUCUACUGAGAGUAUAAUGGUCAACAAGCCUUUACAUGCGUGGAAGCAGCUUUACUGAAAUAACCUUAGUUGAACAUAAUGCUAUAUUCCAUUCUCACCAAGAUGUGCAUCUGUGUCAUGACACAAAGACCCUUAAAAAGAACAAAGAUGUUGAGUUGUACACAUUACUAUGCACCAGAGUACAGUGUACUUCCUGUAUACUCAGCCUACAGAUUCUAAACAGAAGGACUGCUCAUUGUGUCACUUUGUUCAUAAACAUGACAUUUUCUUGACAGAGUGGUUAUCAGUUGUUGAUUUCAAUUGUGGUUGCUCUCAUACGUUGUUUUUCUGAGGUUAAGGGCCUAGGUAUUUUUUUUUUUUUUUUUUUAUGUGGUUUGUCCUAAAUGCACCAUCAUUUCUGAUCAGCUGGCUUAGUACCAAAAAAAGCGUUGAAGCAAACUCACUUUGGAAAUAUGUAGACUGUAGAUGUUGAUUUGUUAUAAUUUGAAAAAGAACAGAGCGUAGGAAGUAACCUAUGUUAUCAGUACAAAAUUACAACCUCACGAGUGCAGAGAAGGACCCUGAUGGACUUUUUAGAAAAGUUCUUAACCUCAUUGGUUCCAGUUAAAUUACAGACUACAAAUGGAAAGGUAUAGGUGCCUUUAUAUAGGAUCAAUAAUAAUAAAUAUCUCCAUAGGUAAUAUAUGUAAGGAACCAGAGAAGGCUUUGUUA